UGUACCGAAGGCUUACCGAUUCCGACGAGCUUGUUUUGAUUUGGGAAGUUAGUAAACAAAAGCAAUUUGUUUCAAAAAGGUCUCUUCGGAUUUAUAUAAGGUUUUACGUGGUAAUAAAUUUGCAGGGAAUAUGUACCCUGCCAACGAUCAGCUGUCGUACUUCUUGUUCGAACUGCAAGAGAAGGCAGCCGUCAGGAUCCAGUCGACGUGGCGAGGCUGUCGGGUGAGGAGGCAGAUCGCAGAGUCCCGGGAAGCCGUCAGACGUGACCGGGCGGCACGGAGACUACAGCGAGCCGUGCGCGACUGGGCCCACACGCGCGAGUUGCACGAAGCCGUGCCGACUGCCGGCUUCGAGAGGAUCAGCGAAGACACCCUGCAGGAACUCCAACGAGAAAUCGGAACGUGGGAUGCCAAGUAUGGCAAGGUGAAAUUUGAAACGUUUGAACAAGUUGAAAGCCAGCACAAUCACGUGCAGUCACUGCUUAAGGAAUUUUAUUCCGCUGCCGCCACGAGGAGAUUAGAAGACCAGAACACAGAGACAACUUGUGCCAACAUAGAAGCUACUGUUCAUUUGCUUCAGAACUCCCCGGACUUGACACGGUGUCGUAACGUGGACUUGUCAAUGUAUUGCUGUCGGCCGCUGCAAGACGCCGCUGCUGCGAGACUGUCCCACAAGCAGCAGUUGAACAGGCUGCGAAGUCCGUGGUGGAAGAAACUGUGAAACUCAUCUCGUGCCCGAGAGAAUGCGUGACCUUGCCGCUCCAGAUUUGUCUGUCUUUUAUGUUCGUUGUCUCCAUUACGUUCAUUAGACUGUGUUCAAAACUGUGUUUCAUGGAACGGAGCCUGUGAACCAUAACAAAUUGUGGAUAUGUGUGAAUAGAAAUGUCAGAUUUCACAGUUUAACAGCGAAGGCUUAGGCUUAGUGGGUCAAGCAUCCAAUUCCAAUACCCUCACAGCAGCUAUCAGUCUAGCAAGUGAAUGCAUGUGCAUAGUUUUUCUUGCAAGAUUACGGUAAUGAAACAAUUUUUGGUUUAUUUAUUUUAAUUUAUUUAUAAAAUUUAUAUAAUUAUAAAAUACUUGGUUAUUAGCAUAUGUAUUAUGAACAUAUAUACUUUGUAUUAUAAACCAAGUAGUUAAUUUAAAACAUAGUAUAUGUGUAUCCUAAACAAUUUUUAAGGUUGCUAUACAAAUUUAAUGUAAAAAUUGCCUAGCCUAGUUAUCUUUUGUAGUAUGCCUACAGUUUUGUAUUAAAAAUACAUCUCAUUUUGUUAACAUCUUUUAUUCAUAUUCUUCUUUUCUAUAAAAUUUGCAAAUACCACACUGGUUCAAUGUAAAACUUGCUUGUUCCAUAGCUUUAUGAUGUCUGACGUAAAAAAAAAAAGCUCCACGGAAUGUAUUGAAAAAAUUAGUCAAUAGGCCUGCCAAGCCUUAACCCUGAUAGAGUGCUAUAGUGUAAAUAGUGGUUGAACCACAACCCACAGCCAACUUUGUGGUGAACUGUAGACAUAUCGUUAGUGAGGCAUAAAGGUUUGAGGUGCAUGCCAUCCAGUGACGGCUCCAGCUGGUGACCUAACAUUUUGUCUUUUUAUAAAUAAACAUAAUUUAUAUUAAACAUCAGGUUCAUUUUGAAAACUAUAAGAAAAGUAAAUCUUAUUUUCAUUACAAACUGUAAUCGUCUACCCUUCUGAGAAGGGCAGUUUGUGAUGAAAUGACUAUACAUUCGCCUGCAGAUUUGUAACAUUUUACAUUAUGUACGAGUUGUGUUGUAAUAUUCACCUUAGAUAUUAACACAAGUUUAAUCCUAACAAUUAAUUUUGUGAUGUUUAUAGGUAUUAAAGUGUAUUUUGUUGACAUACAAUUAUGCAUUUAUAAUCAUUUUAAUUAUAUUAAUAUAUUAUACUAUACAUAUUGAGACAGCCAGAAAGCAACAAAACUUAUUAUUUUGCAUCUGUAUUUGAAAAAUUUCCUGGACCACCCUCUGGUAAAGCCCGGACUCUCAAAACUGAGCAUCAAACAUCUGCGGUACAAACCGGGCCUGCCCAAAAAUAAAUCCUGGAGCCACUCCUGAUGCUAUCACUUCUAAGGCAUUGAAUUAAAUUCCUGAAGCACCAGGAUUUAAAUCCCGGUUGAAACGUGUGUGGUUUUCAUCACAAUCUAAAAUCACAGAGGAGUUUCAAAGGCCUUCCUACAAAAGUGCAAGUCAAAUUAAAUUUGGUAAACAAAAUGCCUGAAACCACAAGAUUAGGCAAAAUUAUUUAAUAAAUAAUUCAAAGAAAACCAUGCCAAAAUAAUCUCCUGAAAGAUAAACUGUUUGUACUCAUGAAAUAAAUACAUUAUAUUUAUAGGCACAUAAUGCCGAAGUGAAUUAACGACAAUUCACACCAAAAGACGUCAGUGUAAGAUUGAAUAUUCACAAGGGCCGUCGAAGACAAUUUGACUUAGUUCCAAAACAAAUCAUUUACCAAAAACGUAUUCUGGUUGUUUGACAUAAUAGACCGCCAAAAUCACUGUGCACGUUUGUUAGUAUAUGUACUUCAGUCUGUCGUAAAGUUUGGGUACAGAGUGUGUUUGUGCGAAUUUUUCCCAUGCAUGUGGUUCUGUUGCCCCAGACAGCACACAGAUUUGCACUUUCGAGCAGUGAUAAACCUAUAGUUUAUGCCUCUACAUAAUAAAGCACACGUUUGCACAUAUGUAUGUACACAUCAAUCUUGUACUAACAGUACAAUAAUUAUAAUGUCUAGUGAAAUUUUGGUAAAAGAAUUCAUAAUUUUAGUUCCACCUCUUUGUAAUUCUUUUUUCUUUUUGAGAUACGUCCAUCACACAGACAAAUUGCAUUACUUUACUGAAGGCCUUUGCUAGUAAAGCAUUAAAUUUAAUAAUAAAUACAUAGUACUUUACAA